GAAUGUCAUUUUUGUGACUUUCUCCUUCUAGUGCUAUUUUUGAGACAUAAACUUCAAAAGGUGCUAUUAUUGACAAUUGCCCAUAUAUCUUUGUAUAUAUAUUUUCUUGUGUACUUUUUACUCUACGUUUGUGCUAUAGUUCUCACAUUUACAGGUUUAACCCAUGACUGAGAAUGAUAAGGGUUCAACCCAUGAAAUAGAAAAUGACGUGUUUAGAGAAUGCCGAAUUUCUCUUAUUCAGGAUGGACUUUACCAAGCUUUAAUAAAAAAAAUUGUGUGCAAUCAAAAACCCAAACGAUAUUUAAACUUGAAUCAAUGAAACACAUAAUUUCGGUAAAGGGAACACAUUCCACUCCCAAGAUACACGAAUUUAUGAUAUAGUGCGCUAAGGAGAGAGGAACAUUUCUUUAUAUAUAUAUAUAUAUAUAUAGAUUGAUGGCUUGUAUAUUAAACUUUCAAAUUGAAUUCAGAGAUUUAUGAACCUAUUAAUUUCGAUAUAUUCUAUAUAUAUAUAUCUCAAAAUUGGUUCUCCAUUUUUUUAAUUAAGUAUGUCGAGAGGAGGAAAAAGCUACCAACUGAAUUAAAUCAUCAGUCCAAAAUUAACUUUCUUAUAAAUGUUGUAAGUGAGAUGUUUUCUUAAAAAAGAAAAAAAAAAUAUGUGAGACGUCUACCUUUUUUUUUUUUUUUGAACUUGUGUGAGACGUCUACCUUUGGCGUUGCUCCAACAAGAAAGGACAUCUCUUAACAAUGGAGGAAACAACAACGUUUCAGGGGCUAAGACACCUUUUCAUGACCGUCUUCUUGCACGGAUUCUCGGCGUUCAUUGUAGUCCCGGUCAUUACAGACGUCAGUAUGGCGGCGUUAUGUCCUGGAACAGACGAGUGUUCCCUCGCAAUUUACCUCUCAGGCUUUCAACAGGCUAUUACGGGUGUGGGGUCCUUGAUGAUGAUGCCGUUGGUAGGAAGCUUGUCAGAUAAGCAUGGAAGAAAAAGUUUACUCACACUUCCAAUGGCACUCAACAUUCUGCCUCUUGAUGCAGAACAUGACAUAGCUUUGAACCGUGGAGUUAAAAAUUCUCUUCCUUGUGCAUCAAAAUCUGCCCAAGCUAUAUUAGCGUAUAGCAGAGAGACGUCUGUCUUCUACAUCUACUAUGUUCUCAAGACUUUCACGUCCAUAUUUUGUGAAGGAAGUGUGUUCUGUCUUGCACUUGCUUAUGUGGCUGAUAAUGUAUCCGAAAAUCAUCGAGCCUCUGCAUUUGGAAUACUUACCGGAAUUGGAUCUUGUGCAUUUGUAUGUGCAAAUUGUUGUGCUCGGUUCUUAUCCACCACCGCUACAUUUCAGGUCGCGACAACGGUAGCAAUUUUUUCAACAGUGUACAUGAGAAUUUUUCUACCUGAUUCGAUCCGAGAUAAUAGCUUGGUUACUUCCAUUGUUUCAACCGAGAAAUUGAGUUAUGUGUUACUUGAAGAUUACCCUGCACAUAGAAAUCAAAUAUCUAGAACAUUACGUUCUGUACGUGAAAUGGCCUCUCUAAUGAGGAGUAGCGUUCCACUUUUUCAAGUUGCAAUGGUGUCAUUCUUCAGUAGUCUUAGUGAGGCCGGUCUACAUGCAUCAUCUAUGUACUAUUUAAAGGCCAAGUUUCACUUUAACAAAGACCAGUUUGCAGACUUGAUGAUCAUAUUUGGCAUUGCCGGGUCUGUUUCACAGUUGCUCUUCAUGCCCAUUUUAAUUCCUGCUUUAAAAGAGGAGAAACUGCUCUCAAUUGGUCUGUUUUUCGGAUGUGCGCAUAUGUUUCUCCUCGGUAUGGCAUGGUCCGCGUGGGUUCCAUAUAUGGCGGCCAUGUUUUCACUUGUCUCUAUAUUUCCUCAGUCAUGUAUGCGGAGCAUUGUCUCAAAACAAGUAACAUCAUACGAGCAGGGUAAGGCGCAAGGGAUUAUUUCAAGCAUAUGCUCUCUUGCAAACGUCAUUUCUCCGCUAGCAUUUUCACCUCUAACAGGCUGGUUUUUGUCUGAAAGAGCACCAUUUAAUUUCCCAGGGUUCAGUCUUAUGUGCGCGGGGUUUACUAUGACAAUAGCUUUUAUCUUAAGUCUCAUGAUCAGAGCAACAACUCCAGUGGCAGAUAUGGGAUCUCCAUAAUUCCAGACAGCUCAAAACCAUGGUUUUUGUAGCGAAGCAUAAUGUACAAGUUCUAGAUACAUACGUCAAUGUUUAUUUUUUGUGUUGUUGUUUAAUAGCAUGUUUGUCUCGUCAUCAGCCCCUAGGACAUACACCAUAUACUUCAAGGUUAAGGUUUAAGACUGUUUCUGUUCAUGUAUAGGUAAGUCUAAAGAAACACUAGUCUCAUAUUUGUAUUUAUAAAAUAUAAAGUGAAAAGGAAAAUUUAUUUUUAUUUGGUUA